UUAGCGAAGAACGAAGUGAAGUGGAGGGACUCUGGAGUUUCCAGCUGAUUGAUAUUGUGUUGUAUUCUUUGACCACCUUCCGCACCAUCCACAACUCCAGCAAGUUUUGUCAACUGCAAAUCAGACCACCCCCCGCAAACACACAGAUGAGCAUCAUUAUCGGUUUCAAGUUUCACUUUCUGCUGAAAUAUGACCAGGAGUGAUUCAGUCACAAGCCUUCUGAUUCCUGACUGCCACUCGUUGAGGCCACCUUUUGAUACUUUAUUGAGAGCAUUUAUAUCUAUUACAAACAACAAAGGUUUCAGCACUGAUCCUUGCAGUAUACCACUGGUCACAGUCCUCCAAUCAGGAAAAAAAACCCUUCCACAACUACAGAAACCGAAAUUGCUGGACAAACUGAGCGGGCCUUUCAUCUUCUAUUGAGAGAAAAUAGGGUUAACGUUUUGAGUCCAGUGACCCUUCUUCAGAACUGAUAGCGGCUGGGAAAAGGAAGAAUGAGUGCCCCAACAGCAGAGGAGAGGAAAGUCUGUUGGGGAGCGAGGGAUAGAUACUGGCAGUGUCUCGAUGAGAGUGACAAGGAUUCUUCAGAAUGUCAGAAGUUCAGAGCAGUAUUUGAAAGCAGCUGCCCACAGCAAUGGAUCAAGUACUUUGACAAAAGAAGGGACUAUUUGAAAUACAAGGAGAAACUGCAAAGUGGAGGAUUUCAGCAACAGGAGAAUGUUACCAAACUAUAACCGUCUGCAGAAGAGGAGGGUGGGGACAGUCAGCUGUGGAGAUGACAUCCCCCUGUGAAAGACUCUGCACAGAAGCUGAAAUCAUUGAUGUGAAAUUGCAGGUGGUUUCUGAGGAGAACUGUGGUUAAGAGAUCAGCUGCUGUUAGCCGUGACACCCAGUUUCAGCAGUAGCCACACUUUGGACAAGCUUUGGCUUGGGUUUUCUCUCUUUAGAGUUUGUAAUGUAAUCACAAAUGUGGUUUAUAAUGAAUGUAUUGACUGUUUCACUACAAAUGGCAAGGGAAAGAUGCCCAAGGAGAACGCUUUUGCACUGCUUCUUGGAGGAACAACACAGUGGCCAUUAUCAUGCUGUCACAUUGCCAUUAUCAGUUAUUGCCAAUCCAUUCAGCAGUUGGGUCACAGUUUAGUUUAGUCACUGAGGAAAUGAUGUCUGACCCAGUUAAAUGAUCACUUCAGAUUUUGUCGUCAGCCCGUGCUCAAGCUGUGACCAGCUGGCUACUAACUUAUUUCAAAAUGUGCGGUCUGGAUAUGAGCCAGGUUUGGAAGAACACAGUAGGGAAUUAUGUGGGUAGAUAGUCAUGGUACAUCGAGCAUAUCGAGAAAGUUGGCCUUAAGGGCGUGCUGAUUCCACUUUAAUAGAAAGUCAGAGAUCACUUAAUAAAUUAUCUUAAUAAUCAUACUGUCCACUUAUAAAAUUGAAUUAUUUUUGUAAGACAGAAUUUUCUAGCAAAGGAUAGCUUGAUACCAAAGCUGGUUGGUUCCAGGGUGGUCUCUGCAAACCUGAAUGCAGCACAGGGAUAAUGGUUCCCCCUGCUGGUGUACCAAUGUUACAGCCAGAUUCCCAUUAACCGGGAAUUGGACCCUAUUCAGCAUUUAAAUUAUUUAAAUGUAAGUACCUGAAAUUUUAAAAAAAGUUUAUGCUUUAACAAGUGCACGUUACUCUAAUAGGAAACAUUUUAAAAAAAAUGUUCUUUGAGAAAUUUUGACUUCACAAUUUGACUGUUUAAAUAACCUUCAUUUAAGGUUUGCAUGUGGCUGAAAAUAUUCAGCCAGCUUACCAGUUUGGUGAAAUAUUUAAAUGAUAAAAUUAAACAUAUAAGAAAAGUUAAUUAAAAUAUGUUUUUGAGUCUUUCAUGAGCAUGUGUCAGCCAGCACUUUUAAAUGUCGCGUGAUUUUUAAACAGCUCCUCUCACUACCAUCACCAGUGACAGACUUGGCUCUUUCAAGUACAGACUAGCUGUGGAAGAAUAGAAUCUGCCGAAUGCCUUCUUUCAUAGCUCAAGUGGGUGUUGUGCAAGAAAUGCAUAUAUACACUCAUAUAUGGCUUAUCAAAAUUCUGCUGGCGAUAGGGACUGUCCUAUCGUGGCCCCCAAAAUGUUACUGCUUUGAAACUGCUGCUGCCUGUAAAGAUCAUAUGGAAGAUAACGCAGCUACACCUUUUUAUUCAGUUCCGAUUUCUUAAGGAGUUACAACAAUUUUUCCAUUUCAGUAGAAAUAGCACCCAGAGUAAAUUUUUGCUGUAUGUCACUGAUGCAACAUGACCAGAGGGAUUCUCCCAGUUUCCUCACCCUCCUCACUCUGGGAUUGGCUGCAAUGCAUGCCUUUCUCUGUGAUUUCCUGCAUUAGUUUCCAUUUCUGUUUCUAUUUCAUGACUUUAAUUAAUGUAUUAGCAACAUCACCCCCAUCCUGCCCUAUUUAAUAGUUGUUGAAUAACGAAACUUGAAGUUAAUUAAUUUACUGGACUUCUUUUAAAAAGAUCAAGGCUGCUGAGCGUGGCCUGUUUCCAUUUAAUCCUUGGUGUGUAUUCAUUGAAAAUCAUAACUUGUAUCUUCCUGUGAUCAUGGUGCAGAUAUUUUGUGAAAUAAAUUCUACGGUUUGUUCUCCGUA